AGAAUCUAGAAUCUUCCGGAAGAUCUAUCAGCGCGUUGCAAAACAGUUGCGUCAGAAACUUGCGCAGCUCUAACUCGAAAGGUGAACGUCGGACGUUUCUCUCGGUCAUUAAAGGUUAGAACAAAAUUCCAAUCAUGUUGGUGGCGAGGCUGACGUGCCUGAGGAGUCUCCCGUUGGUCGGGCUCCGUCCUGUUCUGUCACAGGGUUCCUCAGCCCUGAGAACGCCCACCUUGAAGGCCUGCCCACCUAUGCUCAGGCCUCAGCAGGGAUAUUCCUCAAAAGCCAGAUUUGGAUUCCGCCGUGCAAAAACCAGCAGGGAGCAGCUGAAAGAAGUAGCUUUUGAACCAGCAACUGACACGGCCAUCAAAAUUGACAGCAUGGGAAGAAUGAUCCUUGCUGGAGGUGCAGUGGUGGGCCUUGGAGCUCUUUGCUAUUAUGGUCUUGGCAUGUCCAGUGAAAUCGGCGCCAUUGAGAAAUCAAUGAUCUGGCCUCAAUAUGUGAAGGACAGAAUCCAUUCCACCUACAUGUACUUUGCAGGCAGCAUUGGCCUGACGGCUCUGUCGGCUGUGGCUGUUAGCAGGACCCCAGCACUGAUGGGCCUGAUGAUGAGGGGGUCCUGGCUGGCAAUUGGAGCAACUUUCGCAGCGAUGAUUGGAGCAGGGAUGCUGGUCCGGUCCAUUUCAUAUGAGCACAGCCCAUUGCCCAAACACCUUGCUUGGAUGCUCCAUGCAGGUGUGAUGGGUGCCGUCAUCGCUCCACUAACUCUGCUGGGAGGACCUCUGAUGAUCAGGGCUGCCUGGUACACUGCAGGCAUUGUGGGAGGUCUGUCCACUGUGGCCAUGUGCGCGCCGAGUGAGAAGUUCCUCAACAUGGGAGGGCCUCUUGCUGUCGGCUUUGGAGUGGUAUUUGCCUCCUCUAUUGGGUCCAUGUUUCUGCCACCCACCUCGGCCUUCGGAGCAGGCUUGUAUUCUGUUGCCGUCUACGGAGGCCUAGUUCUGUUCAGCAUGUUCCUCCUCUACGACACGCAAAAGGUCAUUAAGAGGGCGGAGACACACCCACUGUACGCCACACAGAAAUAUGACCCCAUAAACGCGUGUAUGGGGAUUUACAUGGACACGCUGAACAUUUUCAUGAGGCUGGUGAUGAUUCUGGCAGGCGGCGGCGGUGGCAAGAGGAAGUAAACAUCCGCUCAAGUUUUGCUUUUGUCCACAGAUCUAAACAAAGGUUCCAGUCUGCAUACGAGUAUUAUCCUUUAAAUACAAGUUAUUUGUGGCUGGUAGAUGAUAAUAAAAGCUUUGGAAGCAUUUUGAAGAUGGGAAUGGGACUGAGUUGCCUGUUGGCAGUAAAAAUCCAGAAGGGAAUUUUAUGCAUUUUGAUCACACCCUGAGACGGCGCUCUUUUCUAGAUUGUUGAACGUUUGUUUAUUCUGGGAGAUCUGUUAAAUCUGUCAGUGUAAUAUUGAUGAGCUGCUUUUGUAUCAUACUUUGUUUUCUAUUUAUUUUUGCUGACAAACUUCAAAUAUACUUUAGCAGAACUACCGCAUGUCAACCAACUUGAUUCCACAUCAGUGGAAGAAUGACUGACUGCUGUAUGUUUCUGAUUAAACAUUCACUGUUAUGUCACUUCAGUUAGGGGGGCGAACAGGUGACAUUUGUUCAUAUGUUCAGUUUGAAGUUAUUUCAACACCAAUUAAUAAACAGUUUAAAAAUAA